AAUUAGAAAGUACACUGGCCUACUUAGCCUUAAAAUGGCGGCGUUACUGUAAUUUCUUCUUUAAUUUCCCUCCAAAAGAUUCUCAUCUCCCUCCAAAAAACUCAACUCCAUUUUUGGUUGGUUUGCAGAAAUACAACUCUUUCUAUUCAAUUUUUGAAUUCGAUUUUACACAAGCAAGCACAAAAUCUACAAUGUCAAGCCAUCAAGAUGACCUAGACCUCCUCCUUUCUCUCCAAGAUCGUGUCUUGGAAACCCCUCCUGGAUCUCCUUCGAAUCUCAAUGCCAAUUCACUAGGGUUUCUAUCGGAUGAUGAGUCACCUAGGAGAAGAGGGCAGGCAGAUUUGUCUGUAUUUAGAGAUGCUGUUCAAGAUUGCCUUAAUCAUCACGACCUAAAACCAGUUGGGAAAGCAGAAAAACUUAAGCAGUCAAGGAAGUCAAAUGAAGCUCAUAUUGAGAAAUAUUCUGGUUUAAGGAUAAGGAAUCAAUUGGUCACUCCUGCAGAGCUUAGUGAGCGUUUCUCAGAUAUUCGUUUUGUCCGAUUACCGGCUAUUAAAAAUCUAUUGGUAGGAGACACUAUUUCAGGAUGUUGGGCAACUGUUGGAGUGUUAACUGAGAAGGGAAAUCCAAGGACUAGUUCUGUAGGGAAGAGCUAUUCUAUAUGGAAAAUUGGGUGUUUAGAUGAAAACACAAUUUCUCUUUUCUUAUUUGGUGAUGCUUAUCAGCAAAACUGCAAGGAGCAGGCAGGCACAGUUUUUGCACUAUUUAAUUGUACAGUUCGCAAGGACAACACGGGAGGUUUUUCUUUGAGUCUGUAUUCUCCAAAUCAAGUAUUAAAGAUGGGUACUUCCACUGAUUAUGGAGUUUGCAAAGGAAAAAGGAAAGAUGGAAUGUCCUGUACAUCAGUCAUAAAUAAACGCCAAGGGAUAUAUUGCAGGUUUCACAAAUCAAAAGCAUCAGAGAUAUUUUCCACAAAGCGAACUGAGCUCAAGGGCGGGAACUUGAGAACAGCCUUUAGGGAUCCUCUCAAGUCACAAGGCAUUCACAUAAUCGACCCUUUAGCUGACAGAACAAAUAAUAAAAACUCUAGGCAGCCAGUGCAAUUCCUAUCUGUGGAAGGGCUUAAGAAGGCAUUGAGUAAUGCAGAUAAGGUGACGACAAAUACUUUCUCACAGGGCAUCAGAUUUCUUAAUGAAAUAACAGGGAAAAUGAAACCAAAAAAUUUAACUAAAGUUUCUGCAACAUCAAAUCAACAAACGACUAACUCAGACAAGAGGAAAUCAUCUACAUUGAAAGUGGGCGCAACAGUAAUAGUGAAAAAGGAAUCGGAUGCAAAAAGAGCUAAAACAAAUCAAGGGCAGGCUUCGGCAGAUAAUGCCAAACAGGGAACAGGAAAGAUGAUUGAAUUAGAUAUCUAUGGGUCUGAUGAAGAAAUAUGAAUCCUUUAUAUUGUAUUCCAGCUUGUCCUUCAUUUUUACACUUCCAUUGUGGAGAAGUUGCAUAAGAGAGGCAACGCCAUUUCAAAAAAGUUAUAAUCAGGUGUGUGACAGUGACCCUGCUCCUGUCUGAAGUUAAGCAAUCCAGAAAUUCAUGCUCCGUCUUCUUGAAUGAUAUAGGUAAGGAUCAUGACUUCUUGCUCUUGAUCCUGCAGCAUUGAUUUUGAUUAACCAAGCUUAGUCUAAAGUUGAAUGGUUCAGAUGUUUCCUGAAAGUCUUGCAAGUAUCAUGUGUACUAUGUGUACCUUGCAAAAAAGAACAAAACUCAGAAGUUAACUUAUUUCCAAUGUUGAUAUGCAUUCUUUUUCCAAA